CAGAAGUCAUAUGACCAGGCGGCGGCAGCACCAGCUGCAAUAGGAACCGCAGAAAAUGGUGCCGAGACAUGGAUAAAAUCCUCCUGUCACGGUGACUAACAUCCACAACCUGCACGAUGGAGGAGAUUAAAGUGUCUCCUGACUAUAACUGGUUCAGAAGCACCGUGCCCCUGAAGAGAAUUAUUGUUGACGAUGACGACAGUAAGGUUUGGUCACUGUACGAUGCAGGUCCAAAGAGCAUCAGGUGUCCCAUCAUCUUCCUCCCUCCGGUCAGUGGGACGGCAGAGGUGUUUUUCCAGCAGGUUUUGGCUUUGACAGGCUGGGGCUACAGAGUCAUCUCGCUACAGUAUCCUGUGUACUGGGACCUCAUGGAGUUCUGUGAUGGCUUCAGGAAGCUUCUGGAUCACCUGCAGCUGGAUAAAGUGCAUCUGUUCGGCGCGUCCUUGGGUGGAUUCUUGGCUCAGAAGUUUGCAGAGCACACACACAAGUCCCCCCGCGUACACUCGCUCAUCCUGUGUAAUUCAUUUAGCGACACCUCCAUCUUUAACCAGACGUGGACAUCCAGCAGCUUCUGGUUGAUGCCAGCUUUCAUGCUGAAAAAGAUUGUUCUGGGAAACUUUGCCAAAGGACCUGUGGACCCUAAAAUGGCAGAUGCAAUCGACUUCAUGGUUGACAGGUUGGAAACUCUGAACCAAAGUGAAUUAGCGUCGCGGUUAACACUCAACUGUCAGAACUCUUACGUGGAGCCACACAAAAUCAAAGACACUGCUGUGACCAUUAUAGAUGUCUUCGAUCAGAGUGCUCUGUCCCUGGAUGCCAAGGAGGAGAUGUAUAAACUGUAUCCCAACGCCAGACGAGCUCACCUGAAGACGGGAGGGAACUUUCCGUACCUGUGUCGGAGCGCUGAGGUCAACCUCUACAUACAGAUUCACCUGCGUCAGUUCCACGGGACGAGAUUCGCCGCCAUCAGUCCUGACAUGGUCAACGCCGAGGAGCUGCAGGUGCAGGACGGUCACACGAGCAGUGACCAGGACUCCGACGACCAAUGAGACGUUCGCCCGACGACCGUCUUCCUCUACACAUUUCCUACCAUUUCUGUCUCAUUAUUUCACAGGUUGUGUUCUUUCGGAUUUUCUAUGGUAAUCAAUCAACUGAGAAUAUUUUUAUUAGACAAAGUAAAAAAAAGAAGAAGCAUAUUUUGAUAACAACCUGGACAUAAAUGAUUCAUGGCUUCUUUUGCUUUAUGAGUCAUACGACACCUUGCCUUAUGUGGACCCACGCCUGCUGCUGAAGUAGUCUGUGUAAAAUGCCGUUAACGGGAGUUUGCUGUUAACGGAACGACGUGAUGGAUUUGACAUGUAUCUUGAGUUUUUGUGUAAUUCACUGAGAUUUUUUUUUUUUUCAUUUGUUUUGCACCUUUCCAGUAAAAUUCAGAAUUUUCAAUCACA